GGCGUCCAGGCGUUCCCGACCAACGUCACCCUCCAACGAUUCCUGGAGCUGCACAUCGAGAUCACAGGAGAGUUGCCGGACCCGACCAGCGGCCAAACCAUGGAACGUUGCGGCGUUUGUUCCGAGAAGAGCUACUGCAGCCUCUGCGUCCACUGCGAGAAAAAAUGUUGCCCCGAGUGCAAGGACGCUCACAUGGACAUCCUGAGGCGUGAAAUAACGCGCAUCAAUUCCCAGAUUCGGAGGGGGCUGCACAGGUUGCAAGACGCGCUCACCCUGGUGGAGAAAAACACGUUGGGUCUGCAAACAAACUGCGCCUCGGUCACGGAAGAGGUGGACGAGAUUUAUCGGAGGCUGAGCAAGGCUUUGAAAGACCGCACGGAACAUCUGCGUAACGAGGUCGAUCGAUACCUGAGCACCGAGCUCAGAGGCUUGAUUCAACUCAAAGAGAAUCUCGAAUUGGAAAUCGCGAAUAUUCAGAGCAACUGCGAUUUGGCGGAGGCUCACAUCAACGAGAACGUGCCGUGGGACGACUCGGAACUCCUCGAUACGAAAGAACUCUUCUUGCGUACCGUCGAAUUCAUCAGGAACUUCGAGUACGAGGCGGGGGAUUACGGUCGACGGGUGCGUUUCGUGAUGGCGCACGAUCCGAAUCAGCUGGUCCUACACGUAGCCGGUUACGGUGAAUUGAAUAUCAAGCCAGAGGCCGGAAGUGGAGGAUUGCUGGGUAGUUCGAGCAGCCUGGCACCUCCGGGGGGAUCACCGGGCCUGAUGAGAAGCAAAAGCGACCAUCGUUUGGCCUCGCAAUACAGGCAGCAAGAGGAAGAGCGGCUGGCGAGAAAUCGAUACGUCCCCGAAUACGAGUACGACGCGCCGGAGUACGAGGUGCCGAGGAACAAGUCGAGGUACAGAAGUCGAUUCAUGCGGCAUCGGGAUGGCGACGACUCCGACGGCGACUCGAGGUCUACCGUGCGGUUCACGUCCACGACACCCCAGGAAUCCUCGGGGCUCCGUGAACGCGUUCUGGACACGGAGGACGCGGCACGCGGGCCGCUUUCCGGCAUUUUUCGGCUCACCGACUCCCCGCGCGUGAUGAGAAAGCUUCAGGAAUACGAGAGGGCCGGGAAAAGGAAGAAGGAGGAGCCACCGUCCCAUCCUGUUCAACAACCUCAACCGCCCAAGCCUCAGAUAUGCCGUUAUACACGCAGGAGAACUUCGACGGAUACCCACGCCCCCGCAACGAGAAGCGCCUCAUCGGACUCGAGCACGGGCUCGGAGAGCUCGGCAGGGUCCGGAAUACGCAGCACCGGUGCACCAUUCACCGCCGAGGAAAUGAAGCAGAAAUACUUGUCGAGGGCGCCGGCUUCGAGCGCGACAUCCACCGUCUCGUCCCCGCAUAGCGGCACACCCCCCACCCCCAAAGACACCGCCAGCCCCACCUCGCGCUCCUUUCAGAGCCGUUUUUUAGCUACAGGUAAUCGUGCAGCGCCCCCGCCACCUGCCCAGCCCCCGGCGGUGCGGGAGGAGAGCGGCAUAAAGAAGAAGGAAGAAGAGGAGGACGAGGACGAGGAAACUAGCAGCUCAUCGGAGGAGACGGAAUCCGAGACGGAGGAGGAAUCGGAAACCGAUGCCCAUGCAGGCACGGGGACCUCGACGACGGUCUCGAGCGCGGCGCAGGACCGUCAGAGGAACGAUUCCGCCAUGGCGAGGACGGACAUUGGACCCCUGCUGGCUCGAAGCGCGGAGGCCAGACGCGGCAGCAAGGAGGACUCGCCGACCACCAGGUAUUCGUCGCCGAGAGGAAGUCCCGCGCAUUCGGUGACGACGAUCAACCCGACAGCGACGACGACGACGACGACAACGAGCGGCGCGACGACGCCGGCCGGCUACACCAGCAGGACGUUUAGUGACGAACACGAUGAACCGUCAACCGUCGACCGUGUCGAGGAUUACGAAAUCGCGGCUAAGAGCGCGGAUUACGAUAUUCACGGUGCGAUGGUUAAACCGCAGUCGAACAAACGAAACCGCACGGACGAUAGUACGGACACCGACGAAACCAUCACCACCUCAUCCUCCUCCUCCUCCGCGACUACUGUCCGAUUCGAGGGUCUCUUCGAAGGUAGCGGUUACGACGAUGAUAGUUCUCGGCUCGACCAACCCCCGUUAACGGAAGGUCGUUCGGGGAACGACGUGAACUCUUCGUUGCCCGAUCUUCGUUGGAUCGAUCGGGGAAGGUCGUUCGCCCGGCCAGCAGCAGCAGCUGAUAACCACGAGACCGCCGAUUCCACGACGGCCGAUCUCCACCUCGUCGCCGCUGACUCGCCGGAGAGCAGCGUGGAAAGCUGCGACGAGGACGAGUCGAACAGGGACGAGAACAGCAACAUAAGGGAUAGGAGGACGGUUCAUGGCGAGAAGAAAAACGAUUCCAGCGAGGAGGAAUCGAGCGAAUCGAUUGAUCACCGGACGUAUACCGAUGUCGCACCGUCCAAUUCUCAUUUGGAUACGAGUUACGGCGGAUACGAGGAUGCCGGGGUGAAGAGGCGAAGCUCCUCCAUACUGGAGGAGAAGAGUGUCGAGGAGUUGUUCGACGAUAACGGAUGGGUGAUUACCGAUCAGGAUCUGGAGAAGCCGGCUCGAGCGGUCGGCUCGAAGAAAAACGGUUUCGAAGAGCGGGCGAGCUCGAACGAGGAGAAACGCGAGACAGGUUCCGGAGACAGGUUCGAGGAAACGAAUAGUGGAAACGUCGCGUCGCAAAGUUUAUCGAGGAGCGGAGGGGGGAAGUACGGGGGGGAGAGUAGCAUCGGGAAGAACGGUUGGAUGGUGUCCGAUGAAUCGGAGAGCGAGUCGGAGAGGGCCGUUUCGCCGAUGGAAAAUUCAACGAGGCGGAGAAACGAAGUGAGUAUCGAGGAGGACGGGAGAUUGAAUCGCGACGGCUCAUCAUCGACGGCGGAGGAGAGUGGGAAAGGUGGGAUCGGGGCGGAGAACGACUCGUGGACCGGCGACGAGAACGGGUGGGUGAUUCUAAACAAGGUGAACGACUCGUCGAACGGGAAAGAGGGGGAAAGCGUGGAUGAGACGCUGAGCACGAUUCGUUCCCAAACGACCGACCUCGUGGCGAGAACUAACGUGGUUGAGAACGGUGCAUUAGUCGCGAACGCUACCCAAUCUAAAGAGACCGAAAGCAAUUGCAACGAGCACGAGGACACGCCUGGUGUCGAUAUCACUAUACCGAUGCAAAUGGUAACCACCGUUUUCUGUGUGUCCGUACUGUGUUACAGCGUUCUAAUCAAUCUGUUCCUGUUCCUGAACAAGAGCAGAAGCCAGGCGGCGAUGAUGGCCAGCCGGGAGCGCGAAAGAGAACGAGAACGCGAACGAGAACGAGAACGCGAAAGAGAAAGGGAACGGGAGAGAGAACGAGACGUGGACGUGGACGCGGAUUCGCCCCUGUCGACGAGGUCGCGGUACGCCGCGUUGAAGGAAAGAAGGCAACGGCUGGCUCGGUCCAGAAGCUCGCACAAUUUCGGCGGAGAUGACCUCGACCUCGACGAGGAGCCACCCUCUCCGACCACCCAGUCGCCCAACGCCUACUUGGCGGCCAAGUACGGCGCCGGUUCCGAGCUGGCCAGGAGUCGGAGCACUCACGCCUUGAAAUCGAGGGAGCCGAGCCCGGAGCGGGACAGGGUGGGUGCCGAGAAGGAUGGCGCGGCUCUAAGUUCGUGGGCGCGAUACUUGAAGAACAAGUACGGGAAUCGCACGAGCAAAGAUAAAGAGCCUUCGUCCUCCGCCUCGACGAUUCCAUCAUCGAGUGGAAGCACCUCGAGGAGGUUAUCGCUCGGAUUACCUUUGAGGCACGGUGGUCAAACGUCCUUCGAAUCUUCUGACGACGAUCAAAAAAACCCGUCAGGCUCCCCCACGUCCCCUAUACAGGCAGCUCCCGUUAUACCCGCGGCAGCAGGUUCCUCCACUAGCAAUGGGCGGAGGAGUCACUACUUGCUGAAGCGGCGGCAGCUGUUCAAGUUCGGGAUGCGGGGGAGCGAACCCGGAUGCUUUACUUGGCCCAGAGGCCUCGCGGUUGGCCCUGACAACUCCAUCGUAGUGGCCGACAGUUCUAACCAUCGUGUUCAAGUAUUCGACUGCAACGGGAACUUCAUGAAGGAGUUCGGAUCGUACGGCAGCGGCGAGGGUGAAUUCGAUUGCCUCGCCGGGGUAGCGGUGAACAGGAUCGGGCAGUACAUCAUCGCGGAUCGUUACAACCACAGAAUUCAGGUUCUCGAUCCUUCCGGUCGUUUUCUGAGAGCGUUUGGCUCCCAAGGUACCGCGGACGGUCGGUUUAAUUAUCCUUGGGGAAUCACCACGGACGCUCUUGGAUUUAUUUAUGUGUGCGAUAAAGAGAACCAUCGCGUACAGGUAUUUCAAUCGGACGGCACGUUCGUGGGGAAAUUCGGUUCCUGCGGAAGCGGACGUGGCCAAUUGGAACAUCCUCAUUACAUCGCGGUGAGCAACACGAAUCGCGUGAUCGUGAGCGACGGGAACAACCAUCGUAUCCAGAUAUUCGACGUGAACGGUCGUGUGCUGACCUCGUUCGGGUCGGAGGGCUCCGACGAGGGUCAGUUCAAGUUUCCAAGGGGUGUCGCUGUCGAUGACCAGGGUUACAUCGUGGUCGCCGACUCGGGUAACAACAGAAUACAAAUAUUCAGUCCGGAGGGGGCGUUCCUCAAGUCGUUUGGCGGAUGGGGUAGCGGUGACGGUGAAUUCAAGGGUCUGGAGGGUGUUGCCGUCACAUCGGCCGGUAACAUCGUCGUCUGCGAUCGCGAGAAUCAUCGCGUUCAAGUGUUCUGACUUCUCGUUUUUCUCGUUUUCGUUUCUCUGUCUUUUCUGCGAUUCAGAAGGCGUGUCGAGCGAUAAUCGAUGAUGGAGGAUAACCUCGAUCGAGGUUUUCGACGGAUUUUUCCCCUGAAUCGGGAAAAUCGAGCGGAUGGAAACGAGGAGGACGAAAGGCGCGCUUCGAUAAUGAACGGAUGAGAAGACGUCGCGUUAACCGCUUGUUUGCGUUUAGGAAUUAAUAAAUCUGUAGCCUGUUUUUUUUUUUCGCUAAGCUAAUCUUCUUACGGGGAAGCCCUUUGAUAUCAUCGGAGAUCAU